CCUGACAGACGGACCAGCAGCAGCAGGAUCUCCUCCCGGAACUCUGCAGCCGCAUCGGCUCUGCUCAUUUCACCGCCGGGUUCGGUCCAACAUGGGGGCUUGCGGAUGGAAAUACUGAUGACAGUCCGAAAGAUCGCCUCGAUUUGUACGAUGGGCGCCAAUGCCUCUGCCUUGGAAAAAGAGAUUGGACCCGAACAAUUUCCCGUAAAUGAACACUACUUUGGAUUGGUCAAUUUUGGCAACACCUGCUACUGUAACUCGGUGCUGCAGGCUCUGUAUUUCUGUCGGCCGUUCAGGGAAAAAGUCCUGGCAUACAAGGUGCAGCCUCGUCGGAAGGAGUCCCUCCUCACCUGCCUGGCCGACUUGUUCAACAGCAUAGCCACACAGAAGAAGAAGGUCGGAGUUAUCCCCCCCAAGAAGUUCAUCUCGCGCCUGCGAAAGGAGAACGAGUUGUUCGACAACUACAUGCAGCAGGAUGCCCACGAGUUCCUCAACUACCUCCUCAACACCAUCGCAGACCUUCUCCAGGAGGAGAAGAGCCAGGAGCGACAGCAGAACGGGAAGCUGGUACAGAACGGAGGUGGAGGCGGCGGUGGCGGAGGAGGAGGAGGAGGAGGAGGAAGUGAGGGAGGAGGUGAGGCGGAAGGAGAAAAGGAGACACAACAGACUUGGGUCCACGAGAUCUUCCAAGGGACGCUGACCAACGAGACGCGCUGCCUCAACUGUGAAGCUGUGAGCAGCAAGGACGAGGACUUCCUGGAUUUGUCGGUGGAUGUAGAGCAGAACACGUCGAUCACGCACUGCCUCAGGGGCUUCAGCAACACUGAGACGUUAUGCAGUGAAUACAAGUAUUACUGUGAGCAGUGUCGCAGCAAACAGGAGGCCCAGAAAAGGAUGAGGGUGAAGAAGCUACCCAUGAUCCUUGCUCUCCACCUAAAGCGCUUUAAAUACAUGGACCAGCUGCACCGUUACACCAAGUUGUCCUAUCGUGUCGUCUUCCCGCUGGAGCUGCGCCUUUUCAACACGUCAGGGGACGCCACCAACCCUGACCGCAUGUAUGACCUGGUUGCGGUUGUCGUACACUGUGGCAGCGGUCCCAACCGCGGGCACUACAUCACCAUCGUCAAGAGCCACGGCUUCUGGCUGCUGUUUGAUGACGACAUUGUGGAGAAAAUCGAUGCGCAGGCGAUCGAGGAGUUCUACGGCCUGACGUCAGACAUCUCCAAGAACUCUGAGUCGGGUUACAUCCUGUUCUACCAGUCCAGGGACUGAAGCAGCCGGCAGCAAAUCCCCGACAGACUGUCCACUGAACGGAUGGGGGGGGCUUCCACAGCCACCGGCUCCACCCCCAGUAUGCUCACAUAAGUAUCCAGGCUUUAUUCCCUGUAGGCGGAGCUUAGCGCUGGAGCGCCACUCGUACGGGUUGAGACGGUGCAGGUUGCAUGCCGGCCUCCUGGAUUCCAAAUUCUUUGCGUCCACACUGCGACAUGCACCUUAAUUUACGAAGCGAUCCAUUUUGCAACACUCGCUUUGCACUGUGGCAUCAACGGGGAAGGCUGUCACGCCGGAGGCGAGGGGGCUGGCAACGCCGCGUGUCCGGGGCGAAUUAACCUCCACGCAGUGGUUGUAGUGGGUUUCUUGUUUUUAGUUUUGCACUAACGUGCAGCCAUCACGUGUUCACCCUCCAGAAACUCUCUCACAGUGGAGGAACAUCUGGCAGCACCGUCAGGAGUCCCACCCGUCACCACAAAACCACUAACACCUUUAGUGAUCGGACAGUUUGAAUGUGCAGUGAUGCAGCGCUUCUACAUGACAUCUGCUGUUAAAGGCAUUGUGGGUAAUGAAAACCCUGCCACCUAAUGUGAUCCAAUUAGUACAGCUCAUUAUAUUCAUUUAUUCCAUAAUUCACGUCGUACACUAAAAAAACAAACAUAAUAAACUGCCUAAAGUUACAGUUUGCAGUAUUUACAUCUGAACUUCUCAGCGAUUCAGUUGAGUCAGCAGGAAUUAAACUGGGAGCGGAGAGAGCCUUCGAUCAAAGAUCGGCAAAAACCAAACCUGUUGUGGUUUUAAAAAGUGGAGAAGUGAACGUAGAUGCUGAGGAAGUUGAUUUCAAAGUUGUCGUGUUAUCACAAGCCAAGUUUGGUGCCACAGUGGGAAGAAGGGAGGACACAGUAAAGAGCGAGUACUACAGCAGUCUAAUCUAACUUUGUUUUUUGUUUGGGUCUUUUCAAAAAUACAGCGACAACUAACAUGUCUAACCGCCUCAACAUACUAGAAUAUGCAUUCAUGUCAUUUUUAAACUGGAACACGGAGACGGGUGCUUGUUUUAGUCACUUCUGGCGUCUGAACUCUGGCACUACACACAUGUGCACAUGUUGUGUCUCCCAAGGCUUGAUGUCUGUUGAACUCGCCAGAUUCCAGUUCGGAGGUUUUUCCAGCAGCUCUGGAGACGGAGUUGGAGCUUUUAUACAUUCUGUUUUUCACUCCAGAGUCGUAAAGAACGAGGGAUGCUAGCAGCCUGCCGACGUGGAGGUUAUCUCCAGUCGCUCAAAUGUUCGUCUGAGGUGUUUAAAAUGGCUUGUUGCCCUCAGUUCAUGAUCCCAAUCAGCUGUUGAGCUAAUACCGCAGGACAUAUGCUCACUGAGCUCUGUCAAAGAAUGAUAAUGCAAUAAAGAUUAUGCAUCGAUA